AUGCCUACCCGCGAGGAGAAGAACUCGAUCGGAGGGCUCCUCGGCAUGCAGCUCGCCAUGUUGGCAUUCUUGAACUCCCCUAUCAUUAUCCUGUCUAUCGUGUUUCUGAUCCUGGCGAACCGCCGCAUCAAAUUCGAUUGCAACUUGCGGUGCGUGGAGUACUUCGCGGGGGUCGGAGCUGUCUGCGGGGUUUUCGAGAAUUCGGGGUACGACGUGUACAAGUACGAGAUACUGAGGGAGCCCAAGCACAAUGACAUCUUGAGUGAUGUUGGGUUUGCAGAGGCUGUUCGAGUCGCCCUCAAUAUGGCACCUGGCGGUUGCUGUGUCAUGGGGCCUGUUUGCAGUUCAUGGGUGCACUGGUGCAUGGGUACCUCUGGGCGGCGCAAGUGGAGACCCCUCGGUGAUCAGUCAAAGCCCUGGGUGCAGAAAGCGAACACAAUGGUGAGCCGUGUGAUGUUGCUGGUUCGAAUCUUGCAGAGUCGGGGGGUCUUCUGGGUGCUCGAGCAACCAGCGAGCUCGCUGAUGGUGCACCACCCGCGCUUCCAAGAGCUGAUCAACGACAUGGACGUGCACAGCGUCCGCAUGUACAUGGGCAACUUCGGCGCCGAAACCGAGAAGGCCACGAUCUUGUAUUCUGGCAGCCCCGAGGUGAAGAAGAUCGGCGGGCAGAAGCGGCGCCCGCACCUGCACUGCCCGAACAAACUCGUGGAUGAGUCGGUGGAUGCCACCGGGGCAACCAAGGCAACUGGCAACAGCAGGCUCAAGAUGAGCCAGGCGUACCCUCGCGCCUUCGGGUUCGCGAUUCGCAAGAUCUGGGAUGAGCACAAACGCAUCUUCAUCAAGCGCCACCGGAAAUUGCAGGAUCAGACGCUCGACGCGGGCCUGGAGGUGAACGCGUUCGACCAGCCGAGCAACCGCAAGGAGCACUGGGCCGACGCGAAGCUCGACAAUGUGAUUAAGUACUUGCAGCAGUGA